AGAAAGGACAGUGGAUAUGUGAGUCAUCCAUCAUGGAGGGGCUUACCUUCGCCCCAGUCCUGGUUCGAACCCGGGUGUCUGAACAGAUGUGGUUCAAGUCACACCAUCCUCGAGAUUGUGGAUAGUCAUUCUCAGACCGGAGCCGUUGGAUAAACAGCAGCAAUAGUUGUGUUGUUUUGUGAACGAAGCAAUGUGAACCUGGAUUUAUCUAUAUAUAAGUGUGUAUUUGAUUCAAUAUAUACCGAUAGCACCGUUAUAUUGAAUUCGGAUGUGUCCAAGCUCCGGUUGAGCCAAACCCCAACUCCAGUCCCGGCACUCUCUCACAAUAGUUAUCACUGUUUUAAAGCGCAUGAGUCGAAGUGGAUGUGUCAAAUUCUCGGCUGUCACGAACUCAAAGUGCCAAGAGAUAAGAGGAGCUAUAACUUACUCGGGAUUGGAAAUAUGUUUUUUAACCAGUAAAUCAGCCAUGACGGCCUAAUCCAGCUCUGAAAAUGGACUUCAAUAGUACUGACUUCCCAACCCUCCGAGGGCAGUAUUCGUCCCAUCUAUACCCAGUCCUCACUGUGUUCACAGUGGUGGGGGUACUGUUAAACUUAGCGUCGGUACUGGUGAAGGUCCUGCUGAAGUUUGCCAUGCCUCACACCUGGAAGCUGUCCUGUCUUCUACUGGACGUGUCUCACUUCACUCUGGGGCUGGGUCUAGCUCUGCUGCUCUGUUACAUCAGAUUCCAGGCAGAGAGUUUAUGUAAAGCAGCGGGUUUCUUCCUCAUGGUCGGCGUCCUUGACUGCGUGUGCAUCUACCUCAUAUCCAACGUCAUCAUCCUGUUUGUGCAAUACCCAGAAAAACUGUCGGGGUAUUCCCAUUACCAAAAAUGGACUGUUCCGGCUAUGUUGGUUCCGGAGAAGGUUUUCACUGUCCUCCUCGCUGUCUUCCCCUUCCUCCCCAUCAGCUACUUUAACGACAACGACGACCCGUACGUGAUCACCUGUCUCCCCGUACGAGAGACUGGCGCCAAGGGAGCGGGGUAUGGUGCGGCUCUGAUGUUCAUCUCAUGGAUCGUCCUUGGCAUUGCCGUCAUCGUGUGUAUGGUGACUACAUUCAGAUUGUGGAAGAGCUCCGGAGGGAGGAUCCACGCCUCAUCUCCGAACAUUUGGCAGAUGAUGAUGCUGAGUCAGGGCAAGACGUAUCAGAGGUUCCUCCUCCUGGAGCAGCUGGUGUGGAUGGUGGUGUUGUUCAUGACGACGGUCAUCAUCUACACCAACACCUCACGACUGCUGGUGCCCCAGUGGAUCGCCGUCGUCGCCCUCAGUGUCAGCACUUUCUUCCACGCCGUCCUCAGCAACAUCGUCACCAUCCUCUGGAGCACUCUGUGCUGCAGAACAAAGCAACAGACCAAAGAACCUUAUCAGAAGCUGAAGAAACUGGAACUGUUGAAAAUAGAGGCCCCCGGUAAGUUGCGCAUGAAGGCUACCUGGUCUGUGGGUAAGGGCGUGUACAGGCGUGGUAUGCUGAAGGUGUACGGAGUGGACCACCUGAAGGCGUGGGCCCAAGAGAUCGUCAUCCUGGGGAUGAUGAGGAAGACGCAGAGCGCCAGCCUGCUACAGUGUCUGUGGACCAAUAGCGGCAACCCCUACUUCGAGACGAUGACCCUCAUCACCGGGGAGAUCAUACCUGGCGAGUCAAGACUCAUCUGCUUCGAGUUCACCAACAGCGGCACCCUGGACGACUUCCUGCACCAUCUCGACAUGCCGCUGCCGGAGCCGUGUCAGAGAACUAUCAUCCACGACAUUGCCGAGGGCCUCUCCUGUCUCCACAAUCACAACAUCCUCCACCACAAGCUCACUGCCGCUUCUGUCUUCCUCAGGGAUCCGUACAGGGCUUUAGAAUUGCAGACAGGGCUUGGCGGAAUGUGCAUGGUGCUACGGGCGGCUCUUGGGGACUUCGAGGCUGCCCAGAUCUACGGCUCACUACAAGGCGGAUCAUCCUCCAGCUCACAGGUCAGCAAGAAACAGUUCUUCCUCCCGGACAUACGGGCGUUUGCCCUCGUUGCCUUGGAGAUCAUUGGAUUCGUGUGCAAAAUGAGGCAGGAUGAAAAACAGCCAUUCAGAAAAACCCGAAGUGAGAUCGUAGUUAGCUCCCAGAAAGGUAGCAGUUCUAAAGCCCGUGAAUAUGUUCAAGAUAUGGCACAUAAAUCCCGCAGCUUAGACGAACGAGCAAUUCUAGAAGAAACCGGGUUUAAUAAUAUCCCUCCAUUUGGUUCUCUGAUAAACGUGAAAGAAACAGAUCCGCAUCCCAACGUUCCAGAGGAACAAGAUGCGUGGGCACAGCCUGUGACUUCAGUAAGGAUUACUAGUAAACAUAAUGAAGUGAGACAGACUGAACAUGAACCCAUCAGUCGACAUCCCACUGACGAUGUCCGCUGGCAGAAGGAAAGUGUUCUUAUAUUUCUCCUAAAGGAUAUGCCCACACGAACCCUUCAUCAGUGUUCAGGGCAGGGUCUCCUCUGCAUGAACAUGAUUACGAGGAGAUAGAAGAACACAGAAAAAAUUCAAAGGGAUCACAUUGCAAUUCAGCAAAUCCGUUACCCGCGAAAGGAUGACACUAUGACAGUUGAAAGGUCCUGGAAGGAUUACCCGAGCGGUGGACAUUAUUCAGUUCCUACAGAUGUACGUAAUCCUCGUUUCAUUGACCAGACACAGAAAUCCGCUUUGCCCAAUAGGAAUCCAAUAGGUGGGGGAGUGUUUCACAGGUCCGACCCGCUCCGGUUCUCCGCUUCCUCUGUCAGUACCUUGGAGGACAUUGAGGAGGACUUGCCGGAGAUGACUGGGGAAAGCGAACAUGUUUCCGCCACCUUGAAAGAUCUGUGGCUCAAGAAGGAGGCAGAUAAGAAAGAACGGUUACUGACGUCCUAUAAUGAGAGAAUGAAGAAGGAGUUGAAAGAUGUGUUCUCAAGGAGGAUCAGAAAGAGGAAAGACCAGGGCGUGUCCAGAGAAGCAGUGCAGGAACUCUCAAGACCUUUGUCAGCACGGAGUUACCAUGGUAGUGGAACAACACUUGUUGUUCCCUUUAGUGCAGGUGAAACAGAGACAUAUUUUGGUGAUGCUAAACAGAAAAGACCACAAACUGCUCGACCCGCUCAACGGCAGAUAUCUGAAGGAUCAGGUAAACCUGUGCCUCGACGUCCUGCACCUCCACCACCAAGGCCCGUCACAGCAACAACAACGACUCGUCCGCAAACACCAGGUCAUGGAAUUAAGAAAACACAGGCAAGGAUGAAACUUAAAAAGGCAUUGGGGCAAAAACAAGGUUCUCAGUUAACCAAUGCUAGCGUAAACAAUACUCGGGGUCAGGGUGCAUCCAUUGUUGAAAUGAAGUAUGCAUCAGUGAAAAAGAUUCCCCAAAUAAAGGAUUCCUUACAGGAUUCAGUGGGUGAACGCCUACCACCUCCACGCCCACAAAUCGUUCAUCCUAAACCUCCUACAGUUGGGCAUUUUUCAAGUUUCAGCAGCAAUGAUAGUUUAGGCAGCAGUUUCUAUAAGAACUCUCCCAGGAAAGGAGACGUGUCCCUUACCAGCGGGGAGCUCACGUCUCUGUCUUCACAGGCAGACACAACUCUACCUGAGCACGAUGUGGAGGAGGUCGUUGAGCUUCCUCCCACACACGAGACUAAAAGUGGACAAAAGGGUGGGAAAAUUAUUGAUAGUGGCUUCGAUAGUGCAUCCAUUACCAGCGAGAUCUCUUGCGAUGUGUCAAUGGUUGAUGAGAGGUCUUGUUCCUGUCCGUCUGGAAGCUACACGACGGAGACAUGUAGUUGUCAGUGUUCGAUCACACCAACAUCAGGCAUGCACACAAAGCCGCUGUAUGACAGCCGGGCAUCGUGGAGUAAAACUGAUUCGUUUUCAUCCUACGACUCUACAGACUUGGAUCAAAAGCUAGAGAGGCUCCGUAAUGGAGAUGUGCGCCCUUCAAAGGAUGUGAUUGGUCCGGAUGAACAGUACCCUAUGUUGGCUGCUGCAGUCAAGCCUGAGAGGACAGCUCACCAAACACAGUGUAGUCCACAUCAGAACAGGAAACAUGUUGGUAAGGUUGUGACGAAGACCCAGCGUACAAGGAGACAUGAUUUCGGAUCAGCGAGCAAACGCUACAAGGAACUCAGAAAGAAGGGCAUUCCUCUGAGAGUGUCUGUUGUAUCAAGUGCAUCCUCUCAGGAUGUCUCUGAUGCCACAGACUGGGACUCGUAUAUGGAGUCUACGGCUGAGGUUAUUGAAGAGGAGGACGAUAGUAUUGUUGAUGAUAAUGAUGAUGCAAUUUUCAAUGCUCUUGACUCACAAGGGGUCUUUGAACCCUCAGACACUGAUUCUUCCAUGGGUGUGAGACCUCUGCACCACACGAAACCUGUAGCAGUGGUACAUGGAACCAAGAGACCUCGCGAUACAGACAAUAGAACCAAUGCAAUGAUCCUAGACGAUAUUAUUCGAGAACUACCUGAUGAAAUAACCGGGGCAUCAUCAAUGGAUGAUGAAACACGGUCUUUCCUACAUUACUCUGAACCUAAAGCGGAAUUUAAAGAUGAGGAUGAGGAGGAGAUUGUGGACAUGGCUAUAGAGAUUCCAUAUAAACCGUCCUCAGUAGUAGAUGCAGAGUUAGUUAUAGACAGACUGUUCACGAAGAGGAAUACGCUGAAACACAAAGGAAGCCUUCAGGAUGUGAUGGACCCUAUACUAGGGUUUGAUGAGAAUCUUAUCAGAGAGUUAGCGAGCCCCACUAGUUCCACUGGUAAGACGGACCUCCCAGAACAGAUGCUAAAAGGAGUGACAAAGACACAUGUGCAGGCGUGUAGGGAACUGUCCAGUAAGGUCCCCCUGGUGCCCUUCACGGAACUGUUUCCGGCUACUAAUGGUCAGUUCAGGGUACUCAGGUCAAGGCUCGAGCAGGUGGGAAACUUUGGAACAAUUGGAAAACAGCUGUUAGACUGUGUCCAGUUGUGUUGGGUGAGUGACAGUCCGCCCUCGGCGUCCGAGCUGGUCAGCAGACUACUGGACACGGUCACGGAGACUGAACUCUGAAACUCACAUAGACAAAUUUGCAGUUUGCCCAGCACCUGUGCUCACAUCUACCAGAUCAUCUCAGUGCCAGUUCUAUAGCAAAUCUGUGUCGUCGUGGCGUUAACACUGCAGAGAUGCCAACCCCAAAGUGUUGCAAAUAGUAGUUUCAUGGAUCAAAAUUAGUAGUUUGAUCAUAAAAUUGAUAGUCAACGAAAUACUAAAUACUUAACGAUAAUGAGAACGAUAAAUGACACUAAUCAAGAGUGAAGCUUUAAUUUCGCAUACCUCCAACAGCAGAUUUCCAAAUUAGCAUCAUUACAUUUCCUCGUGUCUCUUUUUGGUAAAAAUGUAUUUAAUCGACGAAAAUAUAUGUUUUUGCAUAUCCAAAUUUUAAUGAUUUUUCUUCAAAUUUCGUAGAAUCUCUAGUGCUAUCGUAUUGGUGUAGUUUGAGGCUAAAAUUCGUAACGACUACGAUAAAAUCGUAGAGGUUGGCAUCUCUGACACUGGUGUUUGUGAAACGGGUCCAUAAUUCAGUCAGCAGAUCAUUGGACACGGUGACGGAAACCGUGCCCGUGAAAGUCACUGUUCAAAUCUGGAAUAAGAUCGUCUCGGUGCCAAGGUCCGUGUGGAACGGGUCAGUGGUCAGAAGAGUAAGGAGUUUAAAGGAUACCGAGACAGACACCUUGAAUCUCACACUUCAACAGUCCACGUCAUUGUUACCAAACUGAUUUUUGUUGACGGUAUAUUUCUCAUUUAUAAAUAUACAUAAACAUGGAUUUUGAUCAAACAUAUGGAGAGUAUGUAAUUAUAACGAGAAGUUAUGUUUCACUGUCUCGCCUAAAACUGGGCCAAAUCCACCAUAAGUACCGUGUUAAAAACAUCAUUUAAUGGUUGUUUCGUCUUUGGUGUGAAGUUUGAUGUUGGUGUUAUUCGAAUGUGUGAUAUGUUACGGUUUCAUACCGAAAUACUAUCGAGCAGGACAGCUAUUUACUAAGGUAAAGUUAAACCAAAUUUUAUGUUCCAUUCUCUCUUUUUAUCAAGGCACCCUGGAACAAAGAUACCAAUCGUACCAUUUUCUUUUGUGCCAAAGGGUUUCUUAACAUCAGUAUAAGCACUGAAUCGUAUAGCAUUAUUGAACUGAGUACGAAAGUGUCCCUUAAAACUCUCUAACCUUGUAAAUUAGGUGUAUUUUUCUACCAAAAACCCUGCGAACACGUUUUUGGUCUGUGACAUAAUCAAAUUAUGUCCAAACUUGUAUCUGGGUCUCAAGUCAAACCCACCUAUGAUCAAUGUGAAGAUACUCUCAAAUGCGCGUAACGGUUGGCGUAGCAUAAAUCGCGAACCUGUCGAGAAUUCUGUGAUACCAUUCCGCUAUGCACGGAGAGAGAAAAACAAUAACAAAGGCACCCAUCAGUUCCGACAAAUUGCCGGAGAUCAGUGCCCCUUAACCACUACAGUACACCUACCACAAUUAUGUAGUAAAAAGUGAAGAAUAGGUUUUCCUGAGUUAUCUGCACUUCCGCCAUGUCUUUUUUAAGGACUUGUUUGUUGGUUAUUAUUCACUAUACUUGACGUUUGUCAUACGUUUACGUUUGUAGUACAACAAAAGAUAUAUUUUGUUGUAUAUUCAACUAAAACAAUACAGGAGAUUCAAUGGGUCACACAUUUUGUCUGUAUCUAAAGCUCAAACUACCGAUUAUGUGUUUGGCCAUCCAUUGUCCUUCUUUUAACACUAUUAACACUGUAAGUAUAAUCACACUAUGCAUGAGUGCCUAUAUCUCAGCCUCAGACAUUUUAACACUAGUGAUGAGGAUUAGUGGAAACUUUAUUUCACAAGUCCUCAGAGUUUGUAGCUAGUGUUGUUUGUCUAAAACGAAAAUGUUUACCUAUUUACAUUUUUGUCAGUUAUAUUAUGUUCCAACUUGUAGCAAGAUUGAAGCAUUGCGAACUGGUUCAGGAUUACUGCCUCACCAAUUCAUGAGGACUACCAUCAUUGGAUUUUCCCUUGUCCUCGACACAAUACAGUCAUCUCUUGUUGGCGGACCAGCAUGAAUUUCAUAGGCUGUAUUGUAUAUUUUGUAAUAUUGAUAUUUUCUGUACCGUCCAAAUCUACCCUGUGGUAUUAUUGUCAGAUAUGUGAUUUAUAUAUAUGUACUAUAUUUACAUGUAUAACCGUUAUUAAACUAUAGCAUCCAUCAGC